AUGAGACAUCGAGUGAGUGUAGUGAAAUGGCCCAGAAGAUUAAAUGUGAGAAACUUCAACACGAGCCCAGCUGAUAAACCUGAUGGAAGUGAAAUCGGAUUACCCAGAACACAAUGUCCAAUUCAAAAUCAUCGUGCCAGAUCAACGCAUGCCGUGUCCACCGUAUUCGAAGCUAUACCUUCAGUCAGGAGUUGGGAAGAGGUGCCUGGACCGAAACCACUACCCCUCUUGGGCAAUACCUGGCGGUUCAUACCUUAUAUCGGUGGCUAUUCUGUAGAACACGUUGACAAAGUAUGUAUGUCGCUCCGUCAGCAGUACGGGAAAUGUGUCAAAAUCGCUGGGCUUCUUGGCAGACCGGAUAUGCUGUUUGUGUUUGAUGCUGGUGAGGUCGAGAGGGUGUUUCGAAGCGAAGAUGCUGCACCGCAUCGACCACCAAUGCCGUCUUUAAAUUACUACAAGCACACUCUGAGGAAGGACUUUUUUGGCGCCGAGAAGGAUUGCGCAGGAGUGAUCGCCGUUCAUGGCGACUCUUGGGCAGCGUUUCGUACGAAGGUUUCGCGAGUCGCUCUCAGUACUGGCGCAGCUGCCCAGUAUACAGAACAAGUAGCAGAUGUCGCUGAUAGCUUUAUUCAAAGGAUACGAGAAAUACGAGAUAAGAAUUCGGAGACUCCAGACGAUUUCCUCAACGAAAUACAUAAAUGGUCAUUGGAAUCUCUUGGCUUAAUAGCGCUGGACACGCGACUUGGCUGCUUCUCCUCUAGCGAAGGUUCAGACAGCCAGCGUCUGAUCAAUGCUGUCCAUACAUUCUUCCUCUGUGUAGGAGAGUUGGAACUGAGAACUCCCUGGUGGAGGAUAUAUCCCACUGCGAUGUUUAGGAGAUACGUGGCGGCACUUGAUACGAUACUUAGUGUUACUUUAAAGCACGUAGAGAGGGCGCUAGAAUCAAGUGAGAAAGUAAGCAAUAAAUCUCUCCUUCAAGACCUCGUGACCGCUGCCGGGUCCAGGGUCGCUGCAGUGGCUGCACUGGAUAUGUUCCUCGUAGGAAUAGAUACGACAUCCAAUGCCGUAGCAUCAACAUUGUACCAGCUUUCAUCUCGCCCAGAAAUUCAAGAAAGGCUGUAUGAAGAGAUUUCGAGUGUGGUACAGGGGCGGCAAUUAAAGGCGGGCGAUAUAAGCCAAAUGCCUUAUUUAAAAGCCUGCGUUAAGGAAGUUUUGAGGUUAUACCCAGUCGUUAUAGGCAACGGGAGACAAUUGACCAAAGACACUGUCAUAUGUGGAUAUAAAAUUCCUCAAGGCACUCAAGUUAUUUUCCAACACUACGUUAUGGGCAAUAGCGAUGAAUAUUUCGCGGAUGCGCAAGAGUUCCGUCCCGAACGAUGGCUUCAAAAGUCGUCAUACAAACACCCAUUUGCGUCUUUGCCUUUUGGCUUCGGCAGGCGGAUGUGUUUGGGGAGAAGAUUUGCAGAACUGGAAAUGCAUGUUAUGAUUUGCAAGAUUAUUCAAAACUACAAAAUGGAGUAUCACCACAAGCCUCUGGAUUACCAUAUUUAUCCGAUGUAUACGCCAGAUGGACCAUUGAGAAUUAAGUUUAUUGAACGCUAG